AAAAUCAAAGGCUGAUGGACUAACUCACUAGAAAUAGUUGCACUUCUACACAAGCCACAGAUACAAAAAAAAAAAAAAAAAAAAAAAACCACACACAGAGAAAGGAAACUGGAUGAGCACAUUACAGAUUGAAGUGGGAAUCAGAAGGAAGUGUUUGUUACUGUUCUACAUCAGAAAACUGGACUGGAUUUUCUGCAAGAUGAAGAAUAAACAAAGCAGAAUGAAAGGUAACUGCCUUUUGGCUUGGAGUGUCCUCUUGUUCAUAUAUGCAGCUCAUGGAUGUCCCAACAAAUGCCUAUGCUAUACAUCUUCAAAGACUGCAGACUGCAAGAAUAGAGGAUUUACUGAAAUUCCUUCCCAUUUACCUCCUGAAAUUCAGAUACUACAACUGCAGAAUAACCGUAUUUGGAGAAUCAACCAAAAUGCAUUUACUGGAACACCAUUGCUCAAAAUCUUAGACUUGUCUAAUAAUUCUCUCUCAAGUUUGGCAUCAGGUGCUUUCCAAAAAUUACGGUAUCUACAGGUUUUAAACCUAACCAGAAAUUUGAUUCAUUAUAUAGAAAACAAGACUUUCAGUUUCCUCCCACACCUAAAAGAACUGGACUUGUCCUCCAACAGCAUUAUACGUUUGCCUGAGACUUUUGGAAAUAGCACAGGGAAUAUAACAUUGCUGUCUGUGAAGCAUAACAAACUUCAGAAAAUGGAAAGAGUUCUGCUGGAGUCUCUUCCAAAUCUGAAAGUGGUUCUUUUCAAAGAUAAUCCCUGGCAAUGUAACUGUAAUGUCUUUGGCCUGAAACUGUGGUUGGAGAGCUUUUUGUACAGAGGAGGAAUAAGUGAUGGCAUUGUCUGCUCAGCACCAGGUAUUCGGAAAGGAAAGGACCUCCUCAAAGUUCCCUAUGAGCUGUUUGGGGCAUGCCCUCUAACGUCAGCUCAUGUUCAUCUGGCUAACAUUCACCACCAUAGCUUUGAGCACAGAAGUUCUCCAAGGCAUGCUCAUCACAGUGAACACGGGGAAAGCAGCCGUUCCAACUGUGAACCCAAACCAAAGCCAAGGCCUGUUAGCUUGCGUCAUGCAAUUGCCACUGUAGUAAUAACUGGAGUUGUCUGUGGAAUUGUGUGUCUAAUGAUGUUGGCAGCUGCUGUUUAUGGUUGUGCCUAUGCUGCAAUUACUGCUAAAUACCACAGAGAACAUUUGGCCCCAGUCAGACAACAUGGGACUCCUGAUGAAAAAGUGCCAUUUGAUACUUCCUUGGCAUGAGUUACUUCUGUCUUUGGUUUCUUGAAAAUAAAGCCCUCAUUUCAUUUUAAAAGUCUGGAAUCUAAAUAGGAUUGAUUUAAUAGUAAUAACUGCCUUUUUUUUUUUUUUUCCCCACUUUUUUUUUUAAAUGUAAGUAUAUAUUAUUUGGAAUAUUUAUUAAGAUUUUAUGUAGAAGAAUAUAAGUUUAUUUAUAUUUUGUGUAUGCAUAUUCUGAAGCCGCUGAGGGUGUUUGAGUUAAUGAAAUCUUGAUGUAGCCACUUUAAAGUAUUCCAUUCUUCAUUACUAGCUCAUGCUGUAAUAUUAGUACAAUAUAUGAGUUACAGUGCAGCUACAGUCAGUAGCUGACAUGAGUGAGCUUUCUGCAAAGAAAAAUACAAAAUAGCUACAAAUGACUGACUAUAUUUUAAGAUCUUAGAAUACCUGGUAUGUAUCCAGAAAUAUAAUUCACAAUCAGUUUUAGAACUGGCCAGUCUAUACACUGCCACUGAUAACUUAAACACGUGUAAAAAUAUUCCUAAAUGUAUUUUCCAUCUUCUAAUCUGCCCUAGAAGACAACAAUUUAUCAUUACAUCUCUUAUCUAACUUAGAAAAUAAGAACUACAUUGUUAACUGUCACAAAUCAUUUUUCUAACUGCUUAGUAGGGAAGAAAGAUGAGAAAAUGCUGAAGAAAGAAGAAACUCUACACUGUUUCAGAUAUAAGCACUGAAAUGAGAACAUACAGCAUAUAUGAAGAGACACUACCUGUUAUCCUGCUGGCAUAUAUGCUUGAUACAGACAUUUCUCAAGAUUCUUAUUCCCAAAUCCUCACACAAGUAUUCCAUUUUGCAAGUAUCAUGACUGCAGAUGCAGUUCCCAUCACAGUGCUGCCCUUCAGUACGGAGGAUAAUAUAGUUGCAUGUUUACAUGUUCUCACAGAGAGAACAUUCAGCUGAAUUCAAGGGUCCACCCUAACUUUCUGCACACUUUUGCCAUCAGAGGAAAUCAGAGCCAAAAUCAUUUGCGUAAUAUAAGUUUAGAACAUAAAGAAUAUUUUGAAUGUGCAGAAGUAUUUUUUAAGUAAUUCGUAGAAAUUAUUUUAAGGCAACCUACAGAGUUCAGCAAUUCCCAUUUACCUUUUCCAAGACCAGAUACAAUACAUCUAGGCUAUUUGUGACAAAUGUCUAAUUUGUUUUCUAAAACUCUCCUAAAUAACUCUCUUGGUAGCUAAUGCAGAAAUUAACUAUGCUUAUAGUCUAAGAGCUUUUCUUAGCAUCUAUCCUAAACCUUUGGUGAAAAUCUUGCCAUUUUAUUCCACUGGGCAAAAGACUUGAAGACAAUGGCUGAGUAACAGUCUGCAACGAGGGUAAAAGAAAACUGUGUCAUGGUGGUCAGAAACCUCCACUCUCCUUACAACAGACAGAUUCCAAAUCAAGUUCUGUAGCUAUUCUAAUAACAGACUCAACUGAGUAAUGGACUACAUGGCAGGAGUCAUGUAACCCUUGCUCUUAUCUACUUAGCAAUAAUUGCAACCUAAAUAUUAAAGCUCAUUCCUGCAUCUGUAGUUACUUUCAUGUCCAGAGAAAAUUAAGUGUCUCAUUCUUAAUCUAAAUCUAGCAGACACUGAAAAUGAUAAAUUACUGUUUGCGGGUUUUUUGGUUGGUUGGCUGGGUGGGGUUUGUUUGUUUGGUUGGUUGUUUUUUUUUUUUUUAACUGAUAAGUACUUCACAUUAUUGUUAGAGUCUCUUCAUUCUUUUCUAUCCUGAACUAAAUAAACCAAGCAGUUUCAAAUUUUCCUGUAAGGCCACAUUCUCCAAACUUUUUUUCCCUUCAUUCCUCAGAAUCUUUGCAGUUCUCCUACAUUUUGUUUAAUAUGUGGUACCCUAGAUUG